AUGCUACCAGAAAGCCCCAUCGUCUCUUCGUCACCGACCUCCCCGUGUGCUUCUGUAGCCCAACAACCACAACCACAACAGCAAUCCCAAUCCCCCCGAAGAAACCUCAAACGUCGAGCCUCGCAAGGCUCUAUCCUCACAAAGCCCUCCUCUGUCUCCCGCUUCCUCUCCCGCGCUUCCGGACCCGGUUCUCGAACCCUCUCCGUCGAUUCACAAAUCCGUCUUUCCGCCGCUCCCUCUACACCUUCUUCCUCUCCCCCCUCGCCGAAUUCCUCCCCCGCUAUCUGGAAAGGGGAAUACCCUUCCGCUCUUCCCCCGACGCCUCCGGACGAGCACGAUUACCACGUGGAGUGGAACCCCAAGGCCGGGAUGCUUUUGCUCGAGCCACAGAUCAACCAGGUUCAAGGGCCAGGUUUGGACCAGCCCUUGGAUCAAGGCCCGAACGCGAAUGUGAAUAUCAAUAUGAAUAUGGACAAUGCUCGCCCACCGUUUACGGUUGAUGGAUUGAGUAGCCCGUCGGAUCAGUUGUCUAGUGCUGCGGCUAGUCCGGGAUCGACGGAGAUGGAUGUUGAUUAUCAUACGUGGUUGGAGAAUGGAAUUGAUGCUGCGAUCUCGGAACUCCCAUUUUUUAACGGACGUGGGGAAGCAGUCAAGAUUGUAUCCCAGACGCUGCCGUACCCUCGUGCUUCGGAUAAAUCGGUUACUCUUCCUACCCAUGACAGCGUGUUUUCUGCUAUGGUACAGGCUGUUCAGAAUCAUAUGCAACAAGGUCAAUCUCCCUAUAUUAAUAUUACCCAUGCCGUUCCGGAGCAAUUCAGUCUCUCCAACCUUCCCACUUCUCCGCCAAGUACCCCGCUCUCUGCCGGCGAGGAUUACUUCAACUCCACCAUUUUUUCUAAUGCGGCCGUGGUGUCGACGUACCAUGACUUCCGGGGCCCUGUUCUUGGGAUACAGGAAUCGCACUGGCCCAUGCCCGUGGUACCGCCGCACACGGUCCAACUUUCUGUUCUGGAGCGGUAUCUCCCACCGUCAUCCUCUCAAGAACACAAAGAUCUCUUCUCGUCCAGCCGUCCAUCGUACCUGGUCGACCGGAUUUGUGAGCUUUCCCCUAACGGUGGUUCGCUCCUGUUCAUCUAUCCCACCAAGCGUGGUGGUUCUACUUUCAAGUCGCAGUACCUCGGUCCAAUCCUUGACCCGCUUCUGCGACAACUUGUAGUAGUGAACGAGCUAUCAGCCGAUGUUUCCCGUUCCCUAGGCCGACUGGCGUCUGUCUCGCAAAUGGAUGACUUUGAAACGAUGAAGUCAAACCUAUCCCAACUAUGCGAGGACCUGAGUGCACAGUCUUCAAAGUUCAGUGUUGUCGAUGCACGCAAGGGCAACGCUCAUUUGGACCGCAAUCUCUGGACAGAAUGGUACAUUCACCAAGAGAAAGCCCGAAUGAAGGAAGUGCUCAGCUUGUACUGGCAGAACGGUCGUCGACUGCCUGUCAACAAGACUAGCACGUCUUCGAAUAUGUUCUUGGCCGAUAAGGAAGUUACCUCGGCGAUGCUGCUGGGUGAUAUUCUCGAUGGCAUUCGCAGACGGCCUUAUGGUGAGGAGAAUGAGCACCAGGAUGGGGUUGAACUUGGUGUUUUUGUGAUUCGGAGAUCACAGUGA